AUGAAUGUGCCAUCUGACAUGAGCCCCGACGGGUUAGUUGGCCUAUUGACUGUUGAAAAUUCCAACUCAACCAUCACGUUAUCCGACAAAGAUCUGCCUCCAAGAAGGGUUCGGCACAACAAGCCACUUUAUCUACCUGUGGUGACAAUGGGAAAGAAUAUGCCAAUGACAUUUGUAGAUAACGGCUCAGCAAUCAAUGUCUGCCCUCUGCGAACUGCAAAGAAGAUCGGAAUAGACCUCGACAACUUGGUUAAGUCCUCUCAAGGGGUUAAGGCCUAUGAUAACACACGGCGUCAGUCUAUGGGGACUUCUACUCUUAAGGUCAUCACAGGGCUAAUAGAGAAGGAAGUGGUUUUCCAUGUUUUGGACAUCAAUACCAGCUUCAACCUACUCUUAGGGCGCCCUUGGCUACAUGAACUCAAGGCUGUGCCUUCUUCGCUACACCAGAAAGUCAAACUAGUGAUAGCCGGGAACCCUUUCACCCUUGAGGCAACCCCACUAUCCCUCUACAUCAAUACUAUUCAGAUCGAGCACGAUGAGACAGACGAAGACUGUAAUCCCCCAUAA